AUGGAUUCCAGUCUGUCCGGUCUGUCGUCGCUCAAAGAUGACAGCCCCGCACUCUACAUCCAGCCUCACUACAAAGAGGCCUAUCGUCUCGCCAUCUACGCCCUCCUCUGCGGCGGGACCGAGGCCUACGAGGAGUUCCUACAUGCCGAGCAAAUCAGCCACUUCCUCUCUGAACAGGAAAUAGCGUUUGUCUUGGAGAACGCAGAGCUCCCGGCGGUAGAGGAGGAGGUUCCGGAGUUCAAAGGCCCGGUCCCGGAGGAGGAGGACAAUGCGGUGUCUACGUAUUUCCCCACGGAGUCUGACGAGGAGGUGCCGGACCUGGACCUGGGCUGGCCCGACGUCCCGCUGGAGGAGAAGGACACCAGCAUCAGCGUCCUGUUCAACCCUCCGAGACAAGACACGCCCAGCAUCAAGGAGGUGGUGGGGAAGCAGAUACAGGAGGCGCGGCAGCUGAUCGCGCUGACUAUGGACGUCUUCACCGAUGUGGACAUUUUCAAAGAGCUCAUCAGCGCCGCCUUGAGGGGAGUGGUGGUCUACCUCCUGUUGGACCAGACGCAUUUCAGCAGCUUCACCGACAUGUGCCACAAACUGGGGGUCUGCCUCAGCGACAUCAAGAACAUCCGGGUGCGGACGGUCCAGGGGCUGCAGUACCAGUGUCAGUCCUCUAUGAAGUUCCAUGGCGCUCUGGAGCAAAAGUUUAUCCUCAUCGACUGCAGGACGGUGCUCUAUGGGACGUACAGUUACACAUGGACCUAUGAGAAGCUGAACCUGAGCAUGGUGCUGGUCAUCACCGGACAGCUGGUCUCUUCCUACGACGAGGAGUUCAGACGGCUCUACGCUCGCUCCGUCGUCCCGCCGCUUCUCUCCCGUGAAAAAAUGCAUCCCACCCACUACCUGAACAGCCCAUCCUCCAGCCAGCUCUCUUUGCACCAACUCCACCUGAAAAACAAAGGCAUGAACGGCUACGGCAACGGCGUGAUGACAAGAGGCGUGAGCUUGCAAGACAGGCUGCACCACUUUCCGGAAAUGGGAAGUCUCGUACGGGGACACAGCUACGGAAGCGAUCUGCAAAAGUUCAACUCGGGGGCACGUCUGAGAAUGGGGAUGAAAGAUAUUGGACUUGAGAGACAUGGAAGUGCCCUGAGACAGAAGGAGUUUCAAAACAGAUCCACGCAACAACAUCUAAGGCAUCAAUCUCGCUAUGGAGCGGACCAUAAUCUCAUUCCGUUCAACUCAGAGACAUCCCUGAAUAAGUGGAAGUUGGAUGCUUACUUGAACGGUCCGCUAGAUCCCUCUAUGUCACCAGUUGGAUCCCCGUAUAGCAGCUACACAGGCCUAAACGAACUGCAAUCGCAAAAUAUCCACCUAAAAUCCAAGGACAUUCGGCAAAGGAUGGAAGAGACACGGCAAAAGAGGUUGAGUUUGCAAGAUUACGCCAAUUUACACCAGAGUCAGGAGUCGUUGAGGAAUAUCUAUUUGACGCAAGAAAGGCCGAAAGCAAAGUAUUUGUCGAGAGGAAAGGAGUCGAGACAGAGCGCAGCGGAUUUGGAGGAGAUGGCGCAUCAAAGCUACCUCAAGAAGGAGGCGGAGAAGGGGCUCCCGGAUGGGAAAAGAUCGGUAUCGCAUAAUGAUUUCAAAAGCAUGACGGAGAGGAAGUUGUUGACGUACAAUUGGCACGAUGCAAUGUCAAGGUCCACCUCAGAUCUGGAGGUGAAAGCGAACGAUCCGAGCGGAAAGAUUGGGCCUGGUUUGAAACACCAGAGACACAUGGAGUCGCUGACGGAAAUCCCAGAAGAGAAAGAAGGAGCUAGUCGUGUAAAUAGUUCAGAUUUGGUGCCACAGAAGGAGGAACAGACAAGAAAAGAUGACAAAGUUGUUAGUUUUGAAGAGAAGAGAGAUGCUGUGAAAGAGCGAAAAGGGUCUGCGGGUAAAAUUACAGAUGUUUUGGGUUCUGGAGUCAAGGAUAUUAAGAAAGUCCCGCAAAUGGAAGUAGAAAAUGGACCAAAGAAAUCAACACUAGAAAGAAAAGCGAACGAGGAAGCGAAGCCACAAGAUGCGUCGAGCUUGCAACGAAGAAACUCAGUCAAGUCCAAAGUGUCACCAGACGACAAGAAACCAGGAAAGAAAGAUUCACUACAGAGAAAGCUGUCUUUGAGGUCGCAAAAACUGUCUGGGUCGAAUCAAUCUCUAAGGACAGAAAGCUCAAUGGGUUCAACGGUCGGGAAGCAAGAACCAACACCCAAAAAGUCACAGAAAUCGCCAACGUCACCCAUCGAAGAGAAAACUAAGCUAGCAUUCAGUCGGUUUUCUCCUCAACGUUUAAGCAAAAGAAAAACAGAUGGAUCGCGAAGUGCACUCAACGACGAAGCUGCGACGGCGUAUGAAGCCAGGAAGGAGAAGGUGUACAGUCGGUAUGAGUAUUUGCUCGGGAGAGACGACAAAAGUUCUAGAGGAGCUCCCACAACGGACAGUGACAAAAGCUCGACAUUAGACCGGAAAAGUGACGGGAGUGCUCAUUCUCAAAGCACAGGGAUCGGACGCUUCAUGCAGAAACUUAUUGGGAACAAAACUAAGUGA